AUGUUGCGCACUACUUUGACCCAGUCAUUCCGAGCUAUUCAAAAACCCUUGGCAGGUUCCCGUGCAUACCACCAAAAGGUGAUUGACCACUAUGAAAACCCUCGCAAUGUCGGUUCAUUUCCCAAGACGGCGACAGACGUUGGCACUGGUUUGGUGGGAGCACCUGCAUGUGGCGAUGUCAUGAAGCUUCAAAUCAAGGUAGACGAUGCCACGGGCAAAAUUGUCGACGUCAAGUUCAAGACCUUUGGUUGUGGUUCUGCUAUUGCUUCCUCCAGCUUUAUGACCGAACGGGUGCGUGGCAUGACCUUGGAAGAGGCUGGUAAGAUAAAGAAUACAGAAAUUGCCAAGGAAUUGUGUCUACCUCCUGUCAAGUUGCAUUGCUCAAUGUUGGCUGAGGACGCUAUCAAAUCCGCCAUCAAAGAUUACAAGAGCAAGCGACUGAACAAGGCUGCAACUUCAUCAUCACCUGCUGAACCUGCCGCUACUACAGCUGCCGCCUAA